CCCACCUUCACAACGGUCGGGUGCUGAUGGGUAAUCCUACAUUCACGUAGUCAUUUGGUCCUUAAUUAUUGCUGGAAUACUCUAGCUGUCGUUUCUCUUCAUGAUCAUACGUCUGUGGUAAUGUUCUGCUGCUCCACUAUGAUUGUGCUUUUGGACCGAUACCCACUUCUAGCCCUAGAUUGUGAGGCAACAUGAACUCCCUUUGGUCCUCCAAGUCGGCUGGUGACGGCCUCGAGGCUGCGAAGAAUCCCGUCGACGUCGCUGAUACGGGAGUUGCUGAUAUUGGGCCUGGGCUGACAACGGCAACGACACCUUCUAACUCUCUUCCCCCGCGACCCUCGCUCCAGCGAAACCAGGUCCCGCCGAGUCCACCCAGUCAACCGCCCCCUGCUACCCCGAAUACCCAUCCUGCCGACUCGCUCUCACUAGCACAGCUCAGACGUAUUGUGUCUGAAUUUCCCAGAGCAGAAGCUGCUGCAUAUGAUUUCGAGUAUGCCGAUACAGCGUCCCAUGCCGAGGAAAUAGACGAGUGGUUUUCCUACCAGUUCUGGCAAUUUGUACGCCUCGUCAAUGCUCAAAGAGCUUACGAGUCACAAUGGGAGCAUGAUCUCGCCGCGAAAGAAGAUGAGGUUACAUGGGAUGAGGCAAUUGAGGAUAUAAAGACUGCCUUUAUUCGUCAAGCUUUGAAAGAGAUACAAUCGGAAGAUUCUGCUGUGUGUACGGCCGCAACAGGCAAACUGGUUUACCUCGCUUUAGGAAGAUGGGUAGACACCGCCGGACUCACCAUUGGUGAUACAUCCAAGCUUCGAACGCUUGCAACUCCGAGACAGCUUGCUGCUAUGAAGUCGAGUGUUGUGCUGAUCGCAGGACUGGGUGGUAUCCCUGUAAUCUGGAAGGUCUUGCGCAAUACCAUCGAUUCUGCCCUGUCAGAUGAGGCACAAAAACCGCAAGCUCAUAAUAAGCAAGAGGUUCAAGAUGGGCUUGUGAAUCUGAUGACGGUUAUGUACAUGUUGAUACAAGUAGCCUUGGGUGAUCCUGAUGGAUUGGAAUCAGUCCGAGAUCAACUUAUCUGUUUGCAACCAUGCCUUCCAGUAUAUAUGCUCACGGUCACAACCAAAUUUCGAUUCUUUGAACCCAAGGACGAUUCAAUCAUAGUUCCCCACGUCCAAGCAUUGUUGAUUCUUUGGAAGUCAAUCCUGCUUGUUUUCGGAGGCACCGGGGAUAUCGAAAAGACAAAGCAGGCAUUGAGAGAGAGCAGUACCGACGACAAAGAUAAGAAUAUUAUUACUGCCUCACCCUUAGAUUAUCAUGUUUUUCGGCAAGAAAUUACCUCAAAAUAUCCAGCAUAUAUGCCUCCCCAGUCGAAGAUACCAUUAGAUGCGGAUAAUAUCUCACUACUACCGCCCUUACCUAACCACCCCACGAGAAACAACGGCUCGAAUGGGAUCAUACCAACUCCUCCAGGUACUCAAAGUGGCGGUGCUUCAAUCUUACACCAGCCUGUGCACAUAGCGACCCCUGCACCUUCUCCGCCGCCUUCGCCAGCUCUUGGGGGCAAGGGAGGCAAGAAACAGAAUUACCAAACAAACCAGAACUUUCCCUUCUUAUAUCCCCCACUAGACGAAACUAGUAACAGUGCUGGGGGCAAGGGUGCUGCAGGAUUCCAACAAGCACUUGUCGGUCGUAAAUGGGAAGGUAGCGAUGUCCCUGCUUCUAUUCUUGAGGCAGGCGAACUAUUUUCUAAGAGAGUACGCAUGACUCGUGCUACAAGGCAGCUAUGGGAACAGCGACAGCUUUUUCAAAAAAUUGAGAGAGGUUGGAAUCCUCCAGAAAACGAGAACGACGAAAUGACCGACGGGAUUACUGAUCUGGAUCUCGACUCUCUGGGUCCCGAUGAUGAUCACAUCGACUCAGAUAAGCUACUCGAGUUUAUCGACAAUAGACAUAGAAAAGCACCGGCACCUAAAGUUGAUUACGGGCCCAAUCCAAAUGUGCCAGUAGAUAUCAAGCGACGUCUCGAAGCCGUCGAAGAGUUCUAUAAAGCUUCCUUGCCUCAAUUGCAAUCGUUGGUAAUCGUACUCAUGAAAGUUUUGCUAGCCUCGGUCACGGCUAAUAUCUCGGCUGGGUCUUUCACCCAACCUGGGCCAGUAACAACUACUCGAGAGAGUGGCAGGCCCGUUUGGAAUCGAUCAGUGGAUAGUCCUUCGGGAACGAAUGGUUCCAUCAACCAAGAUCUGGCAGCACACGUGAAUGAUGCGUAUGUGGGGAGAAACAUGGAGAUUGAAGCCAAAGCAUCAACUGCGAUCAUUCUUCUGCUCCUCAAGUGGCUCAAAAUAUCACAUAUUCUCAAAUUCGAAUAUCUAACUCAACUCCUGUUGGAUUCUAAUUAUCUUCCGCUGGUGCUUAAGUUAUUUGCCCAUCAAGAUAUUCAGCAAGUGGUUGAUAGUAAGGCAGAUCAUCUCGAACAUAGCUUUUUUAAUUUCUGUAACCAGCGCGCAAACCCCGGACAGAAACUUAUUGCCGAUCCUAAUGAGGUCGACGUUGGUGAUGAUGAAAGUGAAGAUGAGGCAGCGCCUCCUCCUAUUCGGCGUCGGCGAUCACCACCAAAUGUUGAAGACAGCCAGAGUGAGAAUGAGGAUGCUUCGAAGCAGACCUCAGAGCCGAGCUCCAGCCGUCCCGAAGUUGACGAGCUAGGUUACCCAGUCAACCCCUUGCCACAGGAACCUAUCACAGAUUUCUCAUGGAGAAACUUCUUCGCCCUCAUAAACUAUUUGCGAAUCAUGCAGAAGAUCUGCAAAAACAAAGCACACCGAAAUUUGCUGCUUGUCCAGUACAAGUCCUCCAAUAUAAUACGCAAGUCUCUCAAAAUACCUCAGAAUGAGCUGCGCCUAUAUACCCUCAAACUCUUCAAGAACCAAGUCCCCUACUGCGGCCGUAAGUGGCGGCAGAGUAACAUGCGUGUAAUCACUGCUGUCUACUUGCAUUGUCGACCGGAGCUCCGCGAUGAGUGGCUCGCAGGCAGCGACGUUGAUGCUGAAGUUGAAGAAGCCUUACCUCUAGAACAAGCCCUCCGAAGUCUAACGCAUUGGUUCAAUGUCCGUCAGUAUCCUGAUAAAAUGGCCCCAGAGAUUAAAGUGGCACUUCGGAAUCAACAGGAUUUCUUCAGGCGCGAGCUUGAAAAGCUUGAAAUAUGGAAUGAAUUGGGUGCAAGUGGUGCAGUAGCAGCGCAGAACGAGGGCACUGGCGGAGAAUGGGACCAACAGCCCGCUGCUGGGGCUCCUUGGGGAUAAACUUAACGAUAGUCGGGGAUGUCAUGAUAGAAAAUCGAGACGAAUAAGCGUAAAUGGGGGAUACCAUCAUUUCAGACGCUCGAUAAUUUAAUCUAUUAAACACUGCUUACUUAUAUACUGAUCAAUGCGCGGUCGAGUUAGGUGCAAAAGUGCUGUAGGACUCGGUAACGAAACUAAGGUUAUUUAUAGAUGGUAGUGUAUAUCAAGUUACUUCACAAGGUUGCGACGCGACUAAAUUUUCCAAUUACCACAUUGACAGCAUCACUCAUACCGCCCGUGGGGGAGGGACGGGCAUGAAUGAUGCUGACAUAUGACUUCCAACGCGAUACAAACGCACAGUCUCACUGUUAUCAAUCGGAUUGAAUCUUGCUAGUA